CCAUUAAGCAUUAAUCUACUGAAUACUUUCCCCUUGCCCUUCACCGCCGCAGGCCCCGCUCCAGAGGGGCAGGCUACUGAAGCGCGGCUGCAGGCGGGCGAGGGGCGGAGCAGCCAGGGAGACUCAAACUUCCCUCGCCGCCGCAGGUAGCUGGGCUGGGCGAGGGCUGCCGCGGCGGCGGAGGCGGCAGCUGCGGGCGAAGCGCAAGCAGCCAGCCUCCCGGGUCAGGAGAGAGCGGCGGCCGCUGGGGGGCGCGGCCUCCCCGACGGGCAGGGCUCAGCUCACGCGGACGCCAUGGCGCGAUUCCCGCCCCCGCGGAGCCCGGUCAGCGGCGCGGAGCCGGGGAGCCCAGCGGGGCACGGGGAAGUCGAGGCACCCGCUCCACCUGUGGUGGCAAUGAUCAGCUAACCGGGGUGAGGCGCUUCUCCCGCGGACGACCGAGCCCCGGCCCGGGUCGGGGGGGGCGAGCCCCGGGCAGCUGGGGGCUGAGCGGGCUCGGGGACCUUCCCCAGGACCCAGCGGGUUGGGAGCCGGCGGCUUCAUGGGCAGCACCCGUCAGGAUGGUUAUGGACAGCAACAGCAGUCACGUGUCCGGCCACCUCCGCGCCUUCGCCCUGGAGGCUCCCCGCGAGCUGAGCGGCAGUGGGAUGGUGGCUGGCUCCCUGAACCCCCGCUGGCUGAAGAUCAUCCAGGAUGUCACCGCCAGCCCCAGCCCCAGCCCCGCUUCCAGCCUGGCGCCCGAAAAUGACACCGGCUGCGGGGAGCAGAUCCUCAGCUACGGCAACAUGGAGAAAGUUGUGAUCGGGGCCAUCCUCUCCCUCAUCACUCUGCUGACCAUCGCGGGCAAUUGCCUGGUGGUGAUCUCCGUGUGCUUUGUGAAGAAACUCCGGCAGCCCUCCAACUAUCUCAUUGUCUCCCUGGCUUUGGCUGAUCUCUCGGUAGCGGUGGCCGUCAUGCCCUUUGUCAGCGUAACGGACCUCAUUGGAGGAGAGUGGAUCUUUGGCCACGUUUUCUGUAAUGUCUUCAUUGCUAUGGAUGUGAUGUGUUGCACUGCUUCCAUUAUGACUUUGUGUGUGAUAAGUAUUGACAGGUACCUUGGAAUAACAAGACCACUUACAUAUCCUGUGAGGCAGAAUGGAAAAUGUAUGGCUAAAAUGAUCCUGUGUGUAUGGCUCCUCUCUGCCUCUAUCACCAUACCACCACUUUUUGGUUGGGCCCAAAACGUGAACGAUGAAAAAGUUUGUUUAAUCAGUCAAGACUUCGGUUACACAAUUUACUCCACUGCAGUUGCGUUUUAUAUCCCGAUGUCAGUGAUGCUUUUCAUGUACUAUCAGAUUUACAAGGCUGCUAAGAGGAGUGCUGCUAAACACAAGUUUGCUGGUUUCCCACGGCCAGAAGAAAAUGAAGGCAUGGUUUCUGUGAAUGGAGUUAUAAAGCUACACAAGGAAUCAGAAGAAUGUACAAAUUUUUCACGACUCCUUAAACAUGAUAGAAAAAACAUUUCCAUCUUCAAGAGAGAACAAAAAGCUGCCACUACCCUGGGAAUUAUUGUUGGGGCCUUUACUGUGUGCUGGUUGCCAUUUUUCAUCCUUUCAACUGCCAGACCCUUUAUCUGUGGUACAGCAUGCAGCUGCAUCCCGUUUUGGGUUGAAAGAACAUUUCUAUGGUUGGGUUAUGCAAACUCUCUCAUUAACCCCUUUAUAUAUGCCUUCUUCAAUCGGGACCUGAGGACAACCUAUCGCAAUCUACUACAGUGCAGAUAUAGGAAUAUCAACCGGAAACUAUCAGCUGCAGGGAUGCACGAGGCUCUGAAGCUUGCAGAAAAGUCAGAAUUUGUGCUAGUAUCUAUAACUUACUCCAAAUUCUCUCUCACCCACAUCCACAAAUAAAGAUCAACAGAACCAGCAAUGUCUGAAGUCACUCCUAUUGACUUCAGUGAGUGUGUAUCUCUGAGGGCAAAAAUUUGGUUCUAUAAGUUGUAUUCAUUUCAGAUUUAUGCAAUAUAUAAGCAGAUAUCAAAUAGAAAACUUCCUUAGGCAUGUGCAUUCAGCUAAAGCAGACCCUGACUAUUAUUUUUAUUUAACUAUAUAUAUAAAUAAAUGAAACAACCUAUUUUUGAUUAUUUCAUUCCUCCAUAUCUAGUUUUGACCUUGGAUAUGAUUAUCUGGUUAGUUUUUACAAUUAAUUGCUUAUGUCUUCUCAUUUUAAUUAACAAUGGAAAUAAACUUGUUUGAAAUCUAUUUCUGCAUUGUACCCCACUGUAAAAUUGCUUUUCUUGUGUUAUCCUUUAUUGGUCUCUAGGAAGGGCCUCCUUUUGUUCAAUUUAUUUCCUGUUUGCUAGGGUGGGUUCAAUGUGCUGAAAUGCCUGAGUUCAUGAAAUGAUUGACUGUUAAAAGGCCUGUUCCUGGACCCUGGGCUGAUGUGAAUAAUCCUAUUGAUGUCAGUAGGAGUAGUCACAUGAAAAAGAGCUCUGCUCAGGCCUCUGGCAUGUGGAGGGAGUUGAGUUUAGGCUAUCAUGCAAACCAAACUCAGAAAUUUUGAGCUAUUUCUGUUUUUAAUUUUCAGCCUUACCAUUGCCCUCGUAGGUUUUUUUGUUGUUGUUGUUGUUGUUUGCGCAUUAGUGCCAAAUCCUGGAUCGCAACACAAUGUCCAAGUGGCUGAGGAAACACUUUCUGUGCGGCAGAAUGACUGGCGGAUCUAUGUAGUCACGGAUCCACUACCAUUCUCCACAAAGAACUUGAUUCUGAAUUCAGGGAAAUUACUCACCUGAUUAAGUGCUUUGCUGGAUCAGGGCCAGAGAGCUCAGCAACUUGCAGGGUCAAGCCCCAAAAUCCCUGCUGGGUGGGGUGCAGGAAGCCCCCAUGGAACAGAACUCUGACAUGGGCAGGGACUGAUGACCCCCUGCUUCCUUUUCCAUAGCAGAACAGCACUAGUUCCACUGGGUUGAGUUUCUCCACAACAUCAGAGGAGGGAGCAGGAUUUGGCCCCAGUGAUUAUUAAUGGGACAAUGGUGCAGCUAAGAUAAAAUGUGACAUUAUUUUAUCAACAAAUAUUGGGUGUGAAGUUAUUUUUGCAGAAGUUAUGUGGAUAAAGGUCACUUUGCAAAAUCAAGGGAUGGAUUCUCCAUCCUGCUAUGGCCCCUUUACUCAGUUUUUGUGCCUGGGAAAUUCUCCUCUCAUAAGAACUGAACAGGACAACCACAGGUUAUCUUAUGAGGCCCCCUGCACAAGUCCUAAGCUAGGCAGUGGGGCUUAGUGUAAGACCAGAGAGUAGAGGGGCAGGCCAGGGGGAGGGCUUUAGCAGAUGCUGCUUCAGCAGUUUUUGGGCUUCUGUACUUUAGGGUUGUCCAAAUUGUGCUUAGGACCUUUUUAGCCCUCAUAGAAGCCCAGAAUUGGGUAAGCACAAAGGUGACCCUUAGCCACCCACUUCCUUGGGCCUCAAGUUUUGUGCUGAACUUCUGGGAAAGAGCUCUAAUUCUUUAUAAGCCUAAUCCAUUUCCCAUCAAGGUCAACAGGAGGCUUUCCGUUGAUUUCAAUGGGAGUUGGAUCAGGCCCCGUAGGGGAUGCUGUUACAUUUUCCUAUCUAAUUCAUUGUGGGUUGUGUGUUUUUUCUUAAAACAGGAGAAACUCUGAUUACUCAAGAAAAAAGAGUCAUGACUUAUGACCAAAUACACAGCGAAGUAGUCAGAUAUGCCAAGGCACGACUGGGGAAGGAAAAGUAAUGAAGAUUUAGCCUGAGAAGAAAUGAAGGGGGUUAUGAAAUGCACUUAAUCUUCUUUGAAUGGGAAUGUUUAAAAAAUAAAAAAAAUCCAUGAGCUUGA